AAAUAAUUAUUUAAACAUAAACCAAUUAAAUUAAAUAAAUAUGACAGAACUCACAGAAGUAAGAAACAUUCUAUUAAUAGGUCGCACAGGUGGAGGAAAGUCAACAUUAGGAAAUGUGUUAAUAAAUAAUAACGAUUUUGAAGAAGUAUUUAAAGAAAGUGACGGAUCGGUUAGUGCCACUAAAAAUAUUGAUGAGAAAUUAGUAGAAAUUGAUGUAAGUAGAGAUGGCGGCGAAAAAGUAGAAUAUCGAAUUAUUGAUACUAUCGGGAUUGGUGAUACUAAAUUAACUGCCCAAGGAGUAUUGACUAGGUUAGCGGAAAUAGCAAACAGAGUUAAAAGUGAAGGUUUAAACCAUAUUCUUUUCGUUACAAAGGGAAGAUUUACCAAAGAAGAAGUUGAAGCCUAUGAUUUGUUAAGUUCAAUUAUUUUUGAUAGUGAAGUUCUUAGAUAUACUACGAUUGUAAGAACAAAUUUCAAUGGGUUCGAAGACAGGGAAAAGUGCGAUAAUGAUCGAGCAGCUUUAAGAAUGGAAAACGGAGGGUUUCUUGAUGCAGUCGAUAUUGUUUAUGUAAAUAAUCCUUCUAUAGAAGUUUUUGGCGACAUGGCGAAAAAAAUACGAGAAAGUUCACGUAAACGAUUGUUAACUUAUUUAGCAGGUUGUCAAGGAAAUUAUCGACCAAGUAAUAUUGAUGAAUUGGAACAGAGGAUUCAAGAUUACAAAACUAACGAGGAAAAACUUGAAGAUAAGAUGAAAGAACUGGAAGCCGACAGGAAACGCCAAGAGGAAGAAUUUCGCAAUAAAUUGACUGACAUGAAAGAAGAGUAUACCAAAGUCUUACGGGAAAAUAAGAGACAGUUUGAAAAUUUUCAUAAAACUGUCGAUAAAAUUAGUGAAGCAAUGUCGAAACCUUCUCUAAAUCAAUCUGAAACAACAAGUUCAGAAUUGACAAUGUCACAAAGAGAGCAGAUACAAAAAGCGUUUGAAGAUACUGGCCUCUCCUUGGUGUUUAAGACUGGCGUAGUUGAUGUGAUUGAAAAAGAAUUUUUUUCCACUACCCUAGAUAAAAAAUAUGCGACGUUUAUGUAUCAUUCUAAGGCAACGGUUGGUCUUGGCUAUGCUUUUGCUUUGAUUGAAUAUAAAUUGAGUCCCGGAAAAGUGGAAAUAGUUACUAACACUAGAUAUCCUGAUACCAAUCCAGUUAACGUUUACAUGUUUAAGAGCAAAGCUUAUAAAGAAAUGGCGAAGGUUAUAGAUGAUGUUAAACGAAGAGAUGCUGAAGUUACAAGAAGAGUCCAAGAAAGUGUUAUUAAACAAAUUCAAGUUUCUUCUAAAGGUCAGGAUUAGAGUUAGCCUGUUAGGGUUAGGGUGUUUAGAUAGCAUCACAUCCUUCAGUCUCUUUUUUUUCUAAGUGAAAUAUGAUAAUUUACAG